GAGAGAGAGAGAGAGAGGGAAAGAGAGAGAGAGGCGGGGGAAGGAUGGCAACAGCAAGAAAAUGUACUUCAAACUAGCAAUGAAAGUGGUAUAAAAGGAGCAGCAGUGUAUGAGAGUAGGACAACAUGGCAGAAAUAAAGAUUUUUUAGGCUGCAUAUAUAAAAUGCCUUAAACCAAUAUCUUUAUGAGAAAUCAAGUUGUGAGAUGUUGUAAAAGUGGAUACAUUUCUUGUUUUAAUUUUUUACUUUCAAAACGUAGCUGAAUAUGGCACAUUAAUAAGUGUGAACAGAUUUAUCUGAUACUGAACAUAUUGUCUAAGAAAUUAAAUGUCUUAUAGUUUGGGGAUUUGGAUUUAUUAAACAAUUUAGUUUGCAGUUAGCAAAUCUUGCUAAGCAAUAUCAACAAUUCAAUUCAGAGGAGAAAGGAGAAAAAAACUGGAAUACAAACAAAGGUGUAAAAAACAUCGAAGGUGAAACAGGUAGACACCAAACUGAUUUCUCUGAGGUGUGGAGUCAUCAUCUGCAGUUGAUGGCAGUAAAAGCCGCUGGUGUCAAAGGCACCCAUCCAGCUUUAUCCUUUUCAGGAUCUGGAUUUUUAGCAAUUUAUCAGCUGGGUGUAGUCCGUGGUCUUCUGGAUUUGGCCCCAGAUAUAGUAAAGUCUGCACCAAAGGUGUUUGGUGCAUCAGCUGGUUCCCUGACAGCAGCAGCUGUGGUCUGUGGUGUUGUUGGUGACCUUGAGAAGAGUAUUUUAUCCUCUGCCUUGAAGGCCAGAAAAAGUUUCCUUGGACCUUUUCAUCCUGCUUCCAACAUUUCUAAGAUUAUUCAACAAUACCUUUGUAGUAAACUGCCUCAGAAUGCCCAUGAAGUAGCAUCUGGGAAGCUUCACAUUGCUGUGACCCGACUGUCAGAUGGAACAAAUAUUCUGCUUUCAGAGUUCAACUCCAGGGAUGAACUGAUUCAGGCAAUCAUCUGCAGCUGUUUUGUCCCGGUGUACUGUGGCCUGACUCCUCCAACAUUUCGAGGAGUGCGCUAUAUUGAUGGUGGUUUUACGUGCAUGCAGCCUUACUAUGAUAUAAAUUCAACGAUUACUGUGUCACCUUUCACUGGAGAGCAUGACAUCUGUCCACGGGAUUGUUUCUUCAGUUUGUAUCACAUUUGUUUCGCAAAAAGUAGCUUCCUCAUCACACCAGUGAACCUACAUAGAAUUGCCUUUGCCCUUUUUCCACCAGAAACUAAGGCACUGAAGGAUUUUGCCUGCAGAGGCUACCAAGAUGCCAUUAAAUUCUUACAGAAAAAUGGUCUCUUGGAACAAAGCUCAUUGUCCGCAAAUGGGUCAUGCUCCAAUGCAUACCUUUGUGUAACUGCUGAUGAGGCCUCUCCAAGGACUCUGAGUUCACCUGAUGGGCAGAAUGUUAAAAAGGCUAAGUUUAAAGCAGACAGUUCACAACAGCAUCAAUUAAGGCAGAAGGCUUCUAACCAGUAUAUCAACAGAAUCAUCACAGAAGAACAACUACAGCACAUUCUGGCAUGGAUUCAGAAAGUACCUUCUUUAUGUAGGUUUGUUUGUGAUGAGGAUGCUCUAAAGGAACGUUAUAAUAUUCACCCACCUUAUCAUUCACCCCUGCAUCUGCUGCUGUCUAACAUACUCCCUCAGAAUUCAGAAGAGUCAUUUAGCCGCAGGUUGGUGCUUUGGGCUCAUCAGCUUCCUACUGUUGUUAUGUGGAUUGUGAGUCAAAUUGCUAAAUUAGGACAGUUAAAGGAAAGAAGAAAAUGAGCCAGAGGGUCUAACCAACAAAUAUUGAGAGAAGGGUUUGGUGAAAAUCAAAUUAAUAUUUGCAUGAUAGCGAUGUUGGUCAAAAUAUUUUCAUGUUGAGAAAAAUCAUCUGGAAGAGAUGCAGAAGUACAGGAAAGGAAAUACAACAGGAAAGUGGUUAUAACAAGGUCACACAUGGCAUAGAAUGUACCAUACUGAAGAAUCCACAAAAAAGAAGACAGUAAUGAACAUAGGUUCUAUAAAACUGAAAAAUCUGCACAUAAAAUGGCCGUGACUUAAGUCUGUUUGUAUACUGAAAGACCCAGUAAUGUGUCAUGACAUAUACUCUGAAAACUGCAAGCAUGACAACAUCCAGCCAAAGGAGAAGAACUAGAAGCAAGAACCACAAAGAAUUACUGAAAAUAAAGAAAUAAUGACAAUAAGGGAUUAGCCAUUACCAUUUGUUAAGAAAUCAAAAUUGAGAAAGACAGCUACUGUAGCCAAGGAAGUGUUCGUUUCAAUGUUUCAUGGUGGGAAAUUGACAGAGUCAAAGCCUCGUAUAAAGUCAUCUCAUAGUCUGCAUGUCAGUGAUCCUAUCCUAUAUAAAUAAUCUCCAAAUUGGAGACCAGAUGGGUUUUAAAAGGAUGUAAGCAACUUAAAGUCUAAACUUUAAGUGAAGUUUCUCCAAAAUUCCAAAUUAUAGCAACUCUGUUAUAAAAAAAUCCUUCCUUUCUGUCUUGUGUUAUAUCAUAGCCAAGAAACAAAUCAGACUAGAUUAAAAAAAACAUACUUUCAAUCUUGCCAACUGGAAUAUCAAACAAAUCCACAAAAAUGUUGGCAAUCUGUUAACCUCUUUUUUAAUCCUGAAAAACCCACUACCCCAGUCCCUACAACUACUAAUACUACAGACUCUAUAGUCAACCAAUUCAAUUUCCAUUUUAUUACCCCAGUAAUCUCCCUAUCAAACAAAACUACUAAUUCUCCUCUUUCCGUACCCACACCUACUACUCAACAGCCUACCGUUUUCAAAUUUGAACCUAUCCAAACACGUUACUUACAAAACCUACUAUCUAGAGUAAACCGUGUACCCUUGCCUCUGAUCAACUACCUGGAGACUCUCUGAAACUAGCUGCCUCAUCUAUUGCCUACCCCAUAUCUAUCCUAAUUAGCCACUCCAUCUCUGAACAAUUAUGUACCUAUCCUUCGGAAAGUAUCCCAUGUCAUUCCACUUCACAAAGGAGGCCCCUCAACAGAUAUAUCCAACUAUAGACCUAUAGCCAUUUUCUCACUCCUAGCUAAAAUCCUAGAAAAGUGUAUCCACAAACAAAUAUUAGACUACUUCCUGAAGAAUAACCUUUUAUCUGAUACACAACAUGGUUUUAGACCCAAGCACAGUACUAGUACAGCUCUCAUAAGUUUUACCAGUUCCAUUAAUCACCUCAAAAACAGCAACCAACUUGUCUCUGCUAUCUUUCUUAACAUGUCAAAAGCAUUUGACACCAUAUUUCAUCAAAUCCAUUUAAAUAAACUAGCUGUUACAACUUUUGCCCUGAAGCCCCAAGUUGGUUCCACAGCUAACUCUCUAAUCGGCAACAUGCUACCUUAUGGGAUAAUAAACUCUUCCCCCAGCUUCCUAUCUCUGUAGGAGUCCUCAAUGAUUGAUUCUUGGGCCAUUACUCUUUACUAUUUUUACUAAUAACCUCAGCUCAGAUGCUACUGCCAAUAUCAUACAAUAUGCAGAUGAUGCCUCGCUCAUCUGUUUUGUUCCCACAGUCAAUGCACUUCAAAUAAAAACUCAGACUGCCCUCAGCAAUAUUGAAAGCUAUUUAGCAGCCCACCAACCUAUACUAAAUCUCAAUAAAAAGAAGCUUAUGGUCUUUUCAAAUGCUUCCAUUCUAGGUAAUCAUCCAUCUGUCUCUAUCUUUUCUUCCAAAUGCACUAAAAUAGAACCUGUUGAACACACAAAACUACUUGGGGUCACUAUUGAUAAUGCAUUAAGAUUUCACAAAUAUAUAGCAAUUAAAAAAGUCCAUGUAAAACUUGGUAAUCUCUAUAGAGCCAGACCCUGUCUUACCAACCAUGCUGGACUGGCAAAAGCAAGAACCCACCUCUUAAUCUUCACUACUUUACUGUUCACAAAUAUUUACAAGCUUUGCAAAACAGAAAUGAAUACCCUUGAAUCAUGCAAUAACAAGAUACCUAAAUUUGCAGCUAACCAGCCUCAAAAAUCACACCACUGUACUGUCCUCUACCAACUCAGUUGGUUAGAACUCCCAAACUUACUUACAUUAAAUCAACUAUUAAUUGCACAUACAGUCAUGUACAAACCUGAUCACUGCCCAGCUCUGGCUAACCUUGUUCAACCCUAUACAAAUCUUAAAUCUCUUAGGUCAGCAGAUAAAGUGCUACUCAAAGUUAAGAAAACUCAUAACUCAUAUGGAGACUCCUUAUACUGUUAAAAAAUUGCAAAAUACUACAACUCUCUUCCUCAACAUAGUCUAUCCAUCAGUAAUACUCAUAACUUUAAACAGGCCCUAAAGCAAUACUUCUUAACUCACUGGAUAUGCUCCUGUUCUCCUCCAGACUAACCUGCUUCUCUCCCUCCUUUUCUGUCUCUCUACAUGCUGUCAUACAGCCUCAUAUCCUUCUUGAUGAGGAUAUUCCCACCUUUCAGUUGAUCCUUUUUUCCAUGUAUUACAUAUAAAAAAAAGACAGAAUGUGUGUUUAAAUACAAUUUUUGUAACUGGUUCACUGAGUUAAUGAUAUUUCUGUUUAUUAACAUCUAUUUGUAAAGACUGUAUAAAUUUGUAACCUUAAUGUAGCUAUCUUAUACAUUUGUAUUGUUAUGACUUUGUUUAUGUAUAUUACUUUCUGGAGCUUUUCUCCCCGGGUCUCCACUGCAAAUGGGCAAAUUGCCCAAUCAGAUAUUACCCGGUAAACAAAUAUAAAUAAAUAAAUAAAUAUGAUAAUCAUACUAAAAUAGUUUCUUCUAAUAAAUAUCUUCUGAAAUGUAAACAUUUACAGGCCUGUAUUAGAUCCUCCUUGAAGUCGGUAAUCAACUGAAUUUAACUGCAGUACUCCCAAGUUGCUAGAAUUGGGUAAUAAACCUAUUGUGUAUAAUAUUUCAGGAGUCUUUCAAGCUGCU